AGGCCGGUCCCAUCGCUGUUUUGGGCUGGGAAGCGCGACACCGAUCGGAUCCCCCUUCCACCCUGUGAGUGGAAUAUUGGACACCGCAAUGGCAAUGCUUCUGUGGGCACUCACGUUUCAUUUGGUGACAGCAUAUCCGUCGCUGUUGGAUUGCGAUUAUAGCUGCAUGGGUAGCUACACACCUGGUGCAGCAUUCAAUUAUAUGAGCGUGGCGACGAUAGGUGCGACCUCUGGUGAUACAUGCAAAAUAACCACGAACAUCCCAACUGAUGGCUACCACCCUACAGCUUCCUAUACAGUCACCGUGACCUCUACCACGGCGUUGGCCCAAAAAGUCGUCUGCAGUGCCGGUACCUUUGGAAGCCUCACACAAGCGAACGCCGGCAGCGAGGAAACCAGCCACAGCUAUACCUGGACUGCACCUUCCUCGACAUCUGGAAGUGCUUCUUUCAGGGCGCUCUGUGGCAAUCAGGGUGAAAUGUGGUAUGCAGCUGAAGUGACGGAGAGUGUGGGCAGUGGACCAUUCACCACAGCGACCACUAGCACCACCAGCACGACAACAGCGGCUGGGGAUGCUGCAGGUGUGGAAAUUGGUUCUGGCAUGCGGAUGUAUGCAGAUGUUGCUAAUGGGCAGGACGCUGAUAUCGAGGUGACGUCCACGGGCGAUGGCUGGAGUGCUCUUGGAUUUAUCGAAGGCUCCAGUGUCUCUAUGACUGGUGGCAGCGGUGGUGGCAAUGAUGCCUUCAUUUGCAGCGGUGGAGAGGUGAAGCGGUACUGGAUUACCAGCUACACGACACCGUCUGGUGGCGUGGCAGUUCCUGGUUCUUCGUGCUCCAUGGUCUCAGGCAACAGGGUCAUGCGCUUCAAGAGACCCUUGGCUGCUUCAAGUGCCACCGAAAUUGCAAUGACUCCCGGCACUUCUCAGAUGGUGAUUUGGGCUCAUGGAAACUCGCCCACACUGUCGCAGCAUGGCAGUUCCGGUUCAGAUCGAGGCGGUUCGAUGGUGGACUUUGCCACGCUCUCCGCUGUAGGGGCGACAAAAGCAGUUGGGCCUGCUCUCUUUCUCCACGUGAUCUUGAUGGUGAUUGGCUGGGGCACUUUAUUGCCUUGGGGCGUAGCUAUUGCCAACCGAACUCGGACGGUCUCAAAUGCGAAGCCUGGCGCAUGGUUUAAAUGGCACAAGAGGCUUCAAAGUAUAGGAUGGCUGAUUCAGCUGGUUGGUUUUGGAAUGGCGAUUUGGCAUGUGCAAGAGAAUGGCACGCACUUCAGUGGCCCUCACCAGAUCAUUGGUCUAGUUGUUGUCAUUAUUGGCACCUCCCAGCCCUUCAACGCACUGCUGCGGAAACUCUGUGCGCAUCCGACUCCGGGUGACGACAAGACUACUGGCCGCCUUGUUUGGGAGAUUGCCCACAAAGGACUGGGCUAUUUUGCAACAUUGCUGGGCAUGGUGAAUUGCUGGGUGGGAGUUGCUUUGCUGAUCAAGGGCGAGUACGAAGUUGCAGCUAUUGCAGUAGCUGCGACCCUCAGUUCGAUUGGCACACUAUCCGUCACCUUUUACUUCAUUCUGUCAUUGAUCCAGAAGGACAACUGCAUUUCCCGGAUGCUCGUGUCAUCAAGUCAUGCGGCGGUGAAAGAAAUUGCUGAUGAAACAAGUGAUGAGAGGCCAUCUGCAUAGGUCAUAGGUGUACAGUCGACCGGUCUGGCGCGACAAGCCUUUCUUGGGCUUUUGAGAGGGCUUGUUCUGCCGGUUAACGACUUUUGUGCAUAGGUUUCUGCAGUUUAAAGCUGGCUGUCAGAAGGCUAAUUGACACCCUGCCAUGCUUGUAUAGGUGCAAUGAUGCAAAGUCAAUCGCUAGAGCCCUUUGCCAAAGGGCAGCUGGGGUUUGGGCGGUCUGCACAGAGUUUGCUCUCUUCUUUCCUUUUGGUGAAAGCCGUGGAGACAGACCACAGCUCUUCGCCGCCUGUGACGCUUGCAGCACUGCAAAGAAAAAA